AUGGAGCUUGGCUCCGUUCGCCCCGACUCCACCCCUUUCCUCAAUGAAGAGCCGGCCUCCGGCCCAAGUUCUUUGCGUUCGAGCCUAGACAGUGACUACUAUCAGAGCCAAGGUUGCGACAUACAUAUAUACGAUGACAUACUUUCAGACCAGAGUACAUCUCCAAACGCUCCCAAUCGAGGGUUCGACGCUUCUACAUGGCACGGAGGACUCGGGGACCGCGAGGGACUCAGGCAGCAUCUCAAGGCUAGAGAUCCGCACAGGACUCGAUGGAUCAGCUUGUUAGAUGAGGUCGCAAAUCUUCAUCUUGGGGGCCACAGGUGUCUGGACUUGGAGACUGUAUCGAGACAGACACUUGGCGGGCCAACGUAUGCAGGUGAAGACUCUCAAUUUAUCUGGCUCCACACGCAGAUAUGGUUCGUUGGUAACCGUGCCCCUGUUUGUUCUUCUAUGCGGCAAACAAGACUUCGAAUGGUCAUUUGCCUGCCGACAGCAACCAGUGCUGGCACCUUGAUCACGAAUUUCGUUGGCCCACUCCGCCUCGCGCAAGAAAUAAGUAGUAUAUACGCGAGCCGGAUCCUGGAUAGCCAUGCAUUAGGCCCGCAGGCACUGGUUUGCGUCUGGAUACUAGCCUUUGCCACACUGAGAACGACGGCGGAGCAGCUUGAUUUCACCUUCGACAUUUUCGACCCCAUCGGCUCAUCGCCCCAGCUUUGUAAUGUUCCAAAACUCGAUGACCUACCUUUUAUCUUAGAAAAAUCGAACAGACUCGCACGCAUCGACAGACAAUAUGACGCGCUGGUUCAAUUGGUUAUUUCCUACAGCACCACUCAAAUCACCGAGCGAUUAGAUCACGGCCGCGAGGUCGCAGAGCAGUUCGGUAAGAUAGGAGUGUUCCUUGCUGGACUUGCUGGGAUCGUGGCACCCAUGAGCUUACUAACCGGUUUCUACGGCAUGAACGUCAAAGAACUGACACAAGGCGCCACUGGGACACUGUUCGAAUUCUGGGAAAUUGGUAUUCCUGUGCUUUUAGUUACUGCAGUCUGCGUUGCCUUCAUCCUUCUUUGGAUGAUGACAGGAUCUGUCCUUACGCCUAAGAAGGGAUAA